AUGGGUAAAUCAUCAAAAGAUAAAAGAGAUAUUUAUUAUAGAAAAGCUAAAGAAGAAGGAUGGAGAGCAAGAUCAGCAUUUAAAUUAAUUCAAAUUGAUGAGGAAUAUCAAAUUUUUGAAGGUGUUAAACGUGUUGUAGAUUUAUGUGCAGCACCUGGUAGUUGGAGUCAAGUAUUAAGUAGAAGGAUUUAUGGUGAUGGUAAAGAUCCAGAUGUUAAAAUCGUUGCUGUAGAUCUUCAAGAGAUGGCACCAUUAAAAGGUGUCGUUCAAAUUAAAGGUGAUAUUACAAAAUAUGAAACUUCAAAACAAAUCAUUUCACAUUUUGAUGGUUCAUUAGCUGAUUUAAUCAUUUCAGAUGGUGCUCCUGAUGUGACUGGUUUACAUGAUAUCGAUUUUUAUGGACAAUCACAAUUAAUUUUAUCAGCAUUAAAUAUUACAACACAUACAUUAAAGAUUGGUGGAACAUUUGUUGCAAAAAUGUUUAAAGGUGAUGAUAUGAGUUUAAUGUAUUCACAAAUGAAAUUAUUUUUUGAACAUGUUUCAUUUGUUAAACCAAGUAGUAGUAGAGAAUCAAGUCUUGAAAAUUUUAUAUUAUGUAGAAAUUAUCAACCACCUUUAAAUUAUAAUCCAAAAAUUAUUGAUCCAGCUUUAGAAAAUCAUAAUAAAAUUUUAAAUAAUAAUAAUAAUAAUAGUAAUAAUAAUAAUAAUUGUAAUAUAGAUAAUGAAAAUGAUAAUGAAUUUUUAAAAACAGAUAGUUUAAUUGUACCAUUCAUUGCGUGUGGUGAUUUAAAUUUAGGGUAUCAUUUAGUAUAA